UGAUUUUCAGUAAUCUUAAAUCCUCUCCAACUGCUGCCUUUGCUCAUCUGCCGAUCGUGGAAACUCCAUUUUUACUGAUCAGCCAUGGAUGUACCGAGCCUUGCUGUUAUUCUUCAAGCAUCACUCAGCCCUCUCCCGGAGCAGCGAAAAGCGGCAGAGGAGAGCCUUAAUCAGUUCCAAUAUGCCCCCCAACAUUUGGUGAGACUGUUACAAAUCAUUGUCGAUGGCAACUGUGAUACAGCCAUACGACAAGCCGCCAGUAUUCAUUUCAAAAAUUUUGUGGCUAAAAAUUGGUCACCCCAUGAGCCUGGUGAGCAGCAAAAGAUAUCAACGACUGACAAAGAUAUGGUGAGGGAGAAUCUUCUUUUAUUCAUUAUGCAAGUUCCCCCGUUGCUGAGGUCACAGCUUGGUGAGUGCCUCAAGACUAUCAUCCAUGAUGAUUACCCCGAACAGUGGCCUAGCCUGUUGCAUUGGAUAAAGCACAACUUACAAGGCCAACAAGUAUAUGGAGCUUUAUAUGUAUUGAGGAUUCUUUCUAGGAAAUACGAGUUUAAAUCGGAUGAAGAGCGGACACCGGCUUAUCUCAUUGUUGAGGAGACGUUUCCUUAUUUAUUGAGUAUAUUUAACGGACUUGUUCAAACUGCCAACCCUAUGCUGGAAGUUGCAGAUUUAAUUAAACUUAUCUGCAAAAUAUUUUGGUCAUCGAUAUAUUUAGAGAUUCCGAAGCAGCUGUUUGAUGCCAAUGUUUUCAAUGCAUGGAUGAUUGUGUUCUUGAACAUAUUGGAAAGGCCUGUUCCUUCGGAAGGCCAGCCAACUGAUCCAGAGUUAAGAAAAUUGUGGAGUUGGUGGAAAGUGAAGAAAUGGACUGUUCACAUUUUAAACCGAUUGUAUACGCGGUUUGGAGAUUCGAAACUUCAAAAGCCAGAGAACAAAGCUUUUGCUCAGAUGUUUCAGAAAAAUUAUGCAGGGAAAAUUUUGGAAUGCCAUCUAAACUCGUUGAAUGUGAUCCUUGAGGGCGGAUAUAUUCCUGAUAGAGUUAUCAACCUUACUCUCCAAUAUUUGACCAACAGCAUUUCAAAAAAUAGUAUGUAUCAGUUGCUGGAGCCACGGCUUGACAUGUUUCUUUCUGAGAUUAUUUUUCCACUUAUGUGCUUCAAUGACGAUGACCAAAAGUUAUGGAAUGAUGAUCCACAUGAGUAUGUGCGAAAAGGUUAUGAUAUCAUUGAAGACUUAUAUAGCCCUCGAACGGCAUCCAUGGAUUUUGUGAGUGAGUUGGUGAGGAAACGUGGAAAAGAAAACCUUCAAAAAUUCAUUCAGUUCAUUGUGGAUAUUCUUGUAAGAUACGAUGAGGCAUUGAUCGAGAAUAAGCCAUAUCGAAAAAAAGAUGGUGCUCUUCUUGCUAUUGGAACAUUAUGUGAUAAAUUGAGAAGAACUGAACCUUACAAGUCUGAGCUUGAGAGAAUGUUGGUGCAACAUGUUUUUCCUGAGUUUAGCAGUCCAGCUGGUCAUCUUAGAGCAAAGGCGGCAUGGGUUGCGGGCCAGUAUGCUGACAUCAACUUUUCAGACCAAAACAACUUUCGCAAAGCGUUACACAGUGUUGUUUCUGGGUUACAAGAUUCAGAGCUUCCAGUACGUGUCGAUUCGGUCUUUGCCUUACGCUCGUUUGUUGAAGCUUGUAAAGAUUUAGAUGAAAUUCGUCCUAUUCUUCCUCAAUUGCUGGAUGAGUUCUUUAAACUCAUGAAUGAGGUUGAGAAUGAGGACCUUGUUUUCACUCUUGAGUCUAUUGUAGACAAGUUUGGUGAAGAGAUGGCACCUUAUGCUCUUGGGUUGUGUCAGAAUUUGGCUUUUGCAUUUUGGAAGUUUAUGGAUACCUCUGAAGCUGAUGAUGAGUCAGAAGAUCCUGGUGCUCUGGCUGCUGUUGGUUGUUUGCGUGCCAUAAGCACAAUUCUUGAAUCUGUGAGCCGGAUUCCCCAUCUUUUUAUACAAAUCGAGCCCAUUUUAUUGCCUAUAAUGAGAAGGAUGUUAACUACAGAUGGACAAGAGAUUUUUGAGGAAGUUUUGGACAUUGUUUCAUAUAUGACAUUUUCUUCUCCGACAAUUUCUUUGGAGAUGUGGAAUCUUUGGCCCUUGAUGAUGGAAGCAUUGGCAGAAUGGGCUAUAGAUUUCUUUGAAAAUAUUCUGGUACCACUGUACAAUUACAUAUCCAGGAGUACUACACAUUUCCUCACAUGCAAAGAUCCGGACUACCAGCAAAGCCUUUGGCAUAUGCUGUCAUCUAUUAUGGCGGAUAAAAAUAUGGAGGACCAUGAUAUUGAGCCUGCUCCUAAGCUUAUUGAAGUUGUGUUUCAAAAUUGCAAAGGUCAGGUGGAUCAAUGGGUUGAGCCAUAUCUUAGAAUCACAGUUGAUCGGUUGCAGCGGACAGAGAGACCAUACUUAAAAUGCCUCCUUGUACUAGUGAUUGCUGAUGCGCUUUACUAUAAUGCAUCUUUGACAUUUAGAGUAUUGCAAAAGCUUGGGGUUGCAACAGAAGUUUUUAAUCUCUGGUUUCAGAUGUUGCAACAAGUGAAAGAGAGUGGCAUCCAUGUGAAUUUUAGAAGGGAACAUGAUAAAAAAGUCUGCUGCUUGGGAUUGACUUCACUUCUUACACUUCCGGCAGACCAGUUACCGACUGAAGCCAUGGAACGCGUGUUUAGAGCAAUACUUGAACUGCUUGUUGCUUACAAGGAUCAAGUUGCAGAAUCUGGCAAGGAGGAAAAUGGUGAUGAUGAUGAUGAUGCUAUGGAUGGCAUCCAAACAGAUGAGGAGGAUGAUGAGGAUUCUGACAAUGAAAUGGGAGUUGAUGACGAGGAUGGGGAUGAAGCCGGUCUUAAGCUUCAAAAGUUGGCAGGCCAGGCGAAGGCUUUUCAACCUGACGAGGAUGAUGAUGACUCAGAUGAGGAUUUUAGUGAUGGUGAAGAGCUGGAGUCACCCAUUGAUGAGGUGGAUCCCUUUGUUUUCUUUGUGGACACCAUCAAAGCCAUUCAAGUAUCCAACCCCGCACGGUUUCAGAACCUGAUGCAGACCUUGGACUUCCACAAUCAGGCACUUGUCAACAGCAUUGCUCUGCAUGCUGAAGAAAGGAGAGCAGAGAUAGAGAAAGUUAAGCUGGAGAAGGCUGUUGGUCCGUGAAUCAUGCAUGGUGGGGGGUGAAGUUUGGGAAGAGAUAUUGCCAUCCAUACCUUUUGUCGGCGUCUGUUUAUUUAGUUGGUAGAGAAACCAUCAUGGGUUGUGGAUUGCCAUGUGCCGUGAUCACCCUGGCCACACACAGAGAGCCAAAGGGUAUCCCAUGUGGAAGUGUUACGACCUGGAAGUUCCAGAAACUAAUGGCACAUUCCCCAUGAAGAGAACGAAAACGAACCUGAUGUUGGGAAUACUGUCUGUUCUCGUGGGCUUAUGUGUUUCCUUUGCCUGUACACGCAUGCUUCGAAUGCAUCUGGAUCUGCUGUCUUUGGUUACAUGUUCUGAUUUGGUGGCUGGAUUUUCUUGUGGCUCAGCCUCAAAUCAUUUUUCCCUGUUUGAGUCGAUUUGUCUGGGAGAUGACAUCCCUUUAUCUGGAUCUGAGUUUGAUCUGGUCCAUUGAUCGAUUUUUGUUGCUGUGCUACAGCUGGGUUCAAUUACCGAGUGUAUAUGACAUUUUCCCCCCUAUAAAAAAACACAGGAGAUGGUGAUAUAAUGGCUGUAUUGUGGGUGGGUCUCGAAAAUUCCAUUUGUUUAGUUGGUUUUGGAGCAAUAUCGGUUCUGAUUGGUCAGUGGAUGACGGGACCCUUUAUUGAUUUUUGUAUGUAAAUAGCAUUCAUCUAUUCUUUCUUGGAUAAAAGGGGAUGUUUGUGCUGCUUCAAAAAAAAAAGGAUGAUUAUGUUUAUUUCUAACAUAUGGUUUAUAUAAAAUUUUUGAGUGAUAAUGUGAUA